UCAUUUGCUGUGGUAAGUUUGAUGGCUGGUAAGGUGGCAGAGCGAGAAUUGGCGAACUGGAAUGAGGCAAAUUCCAUAGCUAACAAUGUGUCAGAUAGCGAUACGUUUAAUGAAGCAUCGCUGACCACCGUUCAGGUCACCACCACACUUGCCUUUACAAUCGGACUUGUCCAUGUUCUAAUGGGUUUACUGCAGUUCUCCUUCAUAGCCACAUAUUUUUCGGAUCAGCUAGUAGCUGGCUUCACGACCGCUGCAUCAAUACAUGUCUUGGUGGCACAGCUGAGAAGUGUUCUCGCAAUACCAAAUUUACCCAGGCGAUCCGGAUUCGCUCAGCUAUUUCUGGUUCGUUUUCGGACCCGAAGAAUAUCCUAA